AUGGGUGUCUCACUCAUUGACAUCCAGCGGGACUUAAUCCUCAACACCAUCCGCAAUACCACCCGUGGAGACUGGAAGGUCCUGAUCACAGACGAGGAGAGCCGCAAGCUCAUCGACAAUGUGGUGAAAGAAGAUGACAUUCUCGACUCCAAUAUUACUAACAUCGAGCGCAUCGAAGACAGGCGCCAGGCGCAGCCCGAUACCGAUGCUGUUUACUUCCUCACUCCGAAACCGCAUAUAAUAGACUGCAUCAUGGCAGACUUCGAACGCCGAAGAUACAAAGGGGCAUUCCUAAUAUGGACCACUCUGCCCGCGGGACCGCUUAGAGAGCGCUUGGAACGCUCCCAGAUGGCUCAACAGCAGAUCCGCUCUUUCAAGGUCCUGCAUCUUGACUUCCACCCGCGCGAGUCGCAUCUCGUGACUUUCAAGAACCCCUGGAGUUUCCCUAUACUCUUUCACCCGGAAUGCAACAAUCUCGUCAGACACCAUAUGGAGGAAGUGGCUGAGAAGAUCGUUGGAGUUUGUGUCGCGCUGGGCGAGUACCCCAUCAUUCGCUACUACCGACCGCGUGUCCCGACCCAUGAAGCCAGCGUUCUCUGCUCACACCUAGCUAAAUUUGCCCAAGAGAAGCUCGACAUGUACGCACAAUUCAAUCCCGACUUUCCUCCUCCGUCAAACCGCCCACGCGGUGUUCUUUACAUCACCGACCGCUCUAUGGAUCUCUUUGCACCGCUUCUUCACGAGUUCACAUAUCAGGCGAUGGUACACGACCUUCUACGUCUGCAAGAGGGGGAUAAGAUCGUAUAUAGAACUGUGCUUGCCGAUGAGAACGGCGAAGAGGAGAAGGAUAUGGAAAUUAGUGACAAAGACAAGAUCUGGGUCGAGUACCGCCACCGACACAUGAAGGACACCAUUGACAGAUUGAUCUCCGAUUUUCAGAAGUUCAUCGCCGACAACCCUCACUUCACCAAUCAGGAUGCAGCGAAUGCUGGGGGAAUGAACGGUCUAAAUGCGAUCAAGGAUAUGAUGGCCGGUCUUCCUCAAUUCCAACAGACGAAAGAGGCUUACUCGCUCAACAUCAGCAUGGCACAAGAAUGUAUGGAGAUCUUCCAGAAACAAAAGCUCCCUGACCUGGCCUCGGUAGAACAAUGUCUGGCUACUGGACUUGACGAAGAGUACAAAAAAGCUAAAAAUAUGGCUGAUCAAGUUAUUCGCACUUUGGACGAAGACGCAGUUACACCGGGUGACCGCCUUCGUUUGAUUGCACUUUACGUUUUGUACCGGGAUGGCAUUCUCCCAGCUGAUCUCACGAGAUUACUUCUCCAUGCACAGUUGCCUCCGCAAGAUGGCGACGUCGUUAGGAAUCUCGAUUAUCUAGGCGCACAUAUAGCCAGAGGCUUAAAGGACAAGCGCGAACCAAAUCCCCCUUUGUUCCCGCGCAAGACCAUUGCACCGGCCAACGCGGAGGAAUACGCCCUAUCCCGCUACGAACCCGUUCUCAAAGACGUACUAGAAGAGCAUAUCCUCGGCCGCGUUCCUCAGGAUAUCUUCCCGUAUACCAAAGGGAGCCCCGAGGACUCCGGUAUGGCCGAACUUACACCCGCAUCCUCCUUGCGCUCUGCAAAGCCCACAUGGGCGAAAUCAAAGUUAUCAAGUGUGGAGCCCCGCCAGCGCAUCAUCGUAUUCAUAGCAGGAGGAGCAACAUACUCAGAGGCACGCGCGUGCUACGAGAUCUCUGAGAAGACAUCGAGAGAUGUUUUCCUUGUCACAUCGCACAUGAUGAACCCUGGCCUCUACCUCCGGCAAAUAGGCGACCUUAGCCAGAGCCGCCGAAAUUUACGGUUACCGAUGGACCAGCCUCCACCAAAAGCACCGGCGCAUUUGUUCGAGAAGCCAGAGCCCCCCAAGCCCGCACCGCCUCCGGCAAAUGCCAAGCCUGGCGUCCCCGGCUCGAGACCCAACAUUCCGGGCGGUCUCCCAUCGCGGCCUGGUGGCAGUAGUGCGCCGCCCACCGCUGGUAUGGCGGGUAUGUCGCUGAACGCCCGGCCACAAGGGCAGCCUACGCCGCCGCCGGCUCCGGCAGGGAAACAUGGCAAGGAAGAAAAGGAGAAGAAGAAAAAGAAGCAUCAUUUCUUCAGCUCGUCGAAAUGA